GCUUGGGUUGUUAACUGGGUGCAACCCGUCAGCCACAGGCGUGGGACGCUGUGGUGGUUUGGUGUAUCGGCAGUGGACUCCUGUGAGGCCAAUGACGGGAACUCGGCUUAGGGCAAGCGGGAGCAGGAAGAAAGAUGGACGAGUGGUUUCUAGCACGUAUGACCCUGACCAGACUGCGGGAAGUACUGUCUAAACUGUCCUUCCACAUCUGUAGUACGGUCCACCCGGGACCUGCCAUUUGAUGGCCGUGUUGACGUUGUCUCAGGCCUCUCGCAGAUGAGAAAAGACUUCCCAGUGUCUCUGUAGAGCCCCUGGGUCAGACCACACCAUUGAGGCUGCCGAUCUCCUUCGAAGCCCAGCCAGACUCUCCCCCACUGCUCUGACUGAAGUCUCCAGAUGCCCACCCAGCUUCGGGCUCCCGGGAAGAGUGGAGUUGCCCGCAAGAGAGACCAAGAAGUGAAGCCCAGAGGAGACAUGACUGCUGGCCACAAUUUGCCCCACAGGUCCCAGGCCCUGAGUUCAGAGGUGCAGGAUGGACCACGCGAGGGAUCAGUGUCAUUUGAGGAUGUGACCGUGGACUUCAGCAGAGAGGAGUGGGAGCAGCUGGGCCCUGCCCAGAGAUGCCUGUACCUGGACGUGACGCUGGAGAUCUGCAGCCUCCUCCUCUCCGUGGGGUAUCCCAUCCCCAGGCCAGACAUGAUUUUCAGGAUGGAAAAGGAAGAGGAGCCGUGGACAAGGGAGGCUCCGCUCCCACAUCAAAGGCGUCGAGAAGGGACGUUUGGACUCAAAACCUCCCGACAGAAAAUUUUUGAACAAGCUUCAUUUCACGACGAUAAGGAACUCAUGGUCCCAAGAGGCGGUUCGUGGUGCUGCAUGUUAGGAGACCUGUGGGGAGAUGCGGACCCCACGGCGAGGGGGCCUUCGCAGCUUGGGGCUUUCCGCAGCAGGAAAACACCGGACACAGAGAGAGACUGCGAGUGUAAGGACCCUGGAAAGAUCACUCCUAUGAGGCCCCACCUUGUUUCUUCACAAAAAACACCUCCUAAAUGUUGCUCAUUUGCAAGAAGUCUGAAGCCCAACCUAGAAGGGAAUCCUCAAAAUCUAAGCAGCAGCUCAGAGCACCUCGAUGGGACUGUGGGCUCAGGCCGGCUCUUCACCCACAGCCCUUCCAGUCGCAGCUGCAGGAACGUUCAUCCAGGAGAGAACCUGUGUGAAGGGAAUCCACAAGCGAAAGCCCUCAGCCAAGAACCGCCAGGCACACAUCAAGUUCAUCCUUGGGAGAAACCCGAUAAAUGUGCUGAAUGUGGGAGGGGCUUUGGCCAGAAGCCACCCCUCGAACAGCAGAGGUUGCACAGCAUGGAAAGCCUCCAGGAGUGCAGGAAAUGCACCGAAGGCCUCGCCCUGCGCCCACGCCUUGGAGUGUAUCUUACUGGGCACACAAGGAAGGUUCCUUAUGUGUGUAAGGAGUGCGGGAAGGUCUUCACUCAGAGGUCAGAACUGAUUACACAUCAGAAAACUCACACUAGACAGAAGCCCCAUAAAUGCCAGGAGUGUGGAAAAGCCUUUUUCCAGACAUUGUCUCUCUGCAGACACCAGAGGACCCACGCUCGAGGAAAACUGUAUGAGUGCGGCGAGUGCGGAAAAGGCUUCUCCCAGAACUCCACCCUCGCCACACAUCAGAAGAUCCACACCGGCGAGAGGCUGUAUGCAUGCAGCGAAUGUGGGAAGGCCUUCACCCAGAAGUCCACGCUCAGCCUGCACCGGAGAAUCCAUUCGGGGGAGAAGUCCUACGUGUGCAUCGUGUGCGGACAGGCCUUCGUGCAGAAGGCCCACCUGACCGUGCAUCAGAGAAGCCACACCGGAGAGAAACCUUACCCGUGCCGCAGCUGCGGCAAGUCCUUCAUUUCCAAGUCACAGCUCGACAUACAUCACCGCAUCCACACCGGGGAGAAGCCUUAUGAGUGCAGUGACUGCGGGAAAGCUUUCACUCAGAAGUCGCACCUCAACAUACACCGGAAGAUUCACACCGGUGAAAGACAGCAUGUGUGCUGUGACUGCGGGAAGGCCUUCAACCAGAAGUCCAUCCUCAGCAUGCACCAGAGAACUCACACUGGGGAGAAGCCCUACAAAUGCAGCGACUGCGGCAAAGCCUUCACCUCAAAGUCACAGUUCAAGGAGCAUCAGCGAGUUCACACCGGGGAGAGACCCUAUGUGUGCGCAGAUUGUGGGAAGGCUUUCAAUGGCAGGUCCAAUUUCCACAAACAUCAGAUGACUCACAGGAGAGGGAAGACCUUUGCCUGCUACAGAUGUGGGACCACCUUUGUCCAGAAAUCAGAGCUGGUGGCACAUCAGAGAACUCACGUUGGACAGAAGCUCUAUGAAUGCGGCGACUGUGGGAAAUCCUUCAGUAAAAAACCACAGCUCCAAGUGCAUCGGCGGAUUCACACGCGAGAGACACCCUAUGCGUGUUCUCAAUGUGGGAAGGCCUUCAACAACAGAUCCAAUUUUAACAAGCACCAAACAACUCAUACUAGAGACAGGUCUCAUGAAAGUAGUUACUGUGUGAAAGGCAUUACCCAGAAACCUGUUCCUAGUAUGCAUCAGCAAUAACAGACGUGAACCAAACUCUAAAUUUCUUGGGGGAGGGGCACCUGGGUGGCUUAGUCGGUUAAGUGUCCGACUUUCGCUUAGGUCAUGAUCUCGCGG